AUGGCCAUCCCCAAACAGGAGGAUGCGCUGCUCCGAGUGGCCGCAUACCGUCGUCGCGACUUGGAGUUUUCCGUCCUGCACUCUCUUCCCGAGGUGCACGAGCCGGUUCUUCCAUCCAUCGCUCGGGCAUUCGCAACGGCGCCUGUCUCCAGCCUCGGCGCUCUCACUUUCCACCGGCUUCCUACUGAGAUCUUGGCAUUGAUUUGUCUUUUCCUAGAUGUUCGCGCUUGCUUCAGAUUCCGCCAGGUCAACAGGGCGGCUCGGGCUUUGGUAUCCGGCCUAGUGGAAUACCGAACUGUCGUAUACCACGGCCUGGAAGCCCUCCGCGCCAUCCUACGAACCCGGCUUGACCCCCACUUCACUUUCCGUGAUCUCUACCAGUCCCUCUGCAGCUCGAAAUGUCAACCCUGCGGUGCCUUUGGUGGAUUUCUCUUCCUCCCAACGGCUGUGCGCUGCUGCUUCAAGUGCCUCCGGAACUCCCCGCAGCUUGCACUUCUGGAUUUUGCCCGACUACCGACGAUACCAAGCCUGAGAAAAGCCACAUUCUUCAGAACCCCGCGCGUGACCCCAGGGGUGCUGCGUCGUCUUAUGCCUGUGCUACAGACCAUGUCAGUCUACCGGUAUUGCACGAAAAACGGCCCCCAACACAGGCGGAUUGACCUUGUCCCCGCUGUCGUCGCCAGCGAAGUUCUCAAAGGACUAGGCGCUACUUCUGCCGACUUAGAAAAGUGCCAUUGGAAAAUGCGGGCGUACCCGUACCAGGGCGAUGGCUUGUCCAUCAGGUACAUGGCCGCAACCGCAUUUCCUUUUCUGGACCGCGUCUCGGGCCGAGUCGAGUACGGCGUUAGCUGCAGGGGUUGUUACGUUGCUGCAAUGGCGCACGGCUCCGAGCAGAACUUUGACUGCUCUGAUCGAGUGUAUUCCAGGAAAGGCUUCUUAGAUCACUUUCAGUCAUGCCCCGAAGCACAGCGUCUCUGGACUGGAAGCUGCGAGGGCACGGUCGUUCUUGACGGGGCCGAGCUCACGACGAAACGGGCACCUGAAUAA